ACCAAGCGCUACCACCACCACCAGCAGCACUGAUUUAUCUCUCUUUCUUUUUUUCCCCCUUCUCAUUACACCGUAAAAAGUUCAAUCUAACUCUCCGGUAUAAAAGUAUUUUGUAGGUUGUUCUACGGAAAAUAUGGCUAGAUAGCUUCCGUUCAAUACAAUUAAGCUUUUCCUUUUGAGGUGGUUGAAUCUUCAAUAUCUACCGUUAGUACUAGGAUCUUGUGUUCACUGUCAUCUUCUUCUUUCUUGAUCAUAAUUUUGAAAUCAACAUUGUUAGAUUGGCGCAAGAAACAAUCAUGGCAAGCGGUCAGGUAGUUAUGCGUGCUAGGUAUAAGAACAAUGGUGUCAGGGAUCCUGGCGUUCAAGGAGUUCUUAUUAUGACAGAGGACAAACUUGAUUUCUCACCCGAUGAUCCUAUGCCAUCUGCAAAACUCAAUGUUGGGUUUAGAUCCAUUAAAGGUCACAAAUUUAGCAGGGAGGGAAGCCAAAGACAAGCGCUACUAAUGCUUACAGGGAGCGAUAAGAAUUACACAUUUGAGUUUGAUAGAUUUACUGAACGUGAUAUAUGCCGAGAUUUUGUUGGAAAGGUCCUUGGAAAGAUCCAAGCUAAGGAAUCAUCUGCAUCGGAUGCCAAAGUGGAUCCCGAGAAGUCUGCAACUACACUGCAUGAUGAGCAGCUCCGUCCAGAAGAAAUGAAGCUUCGGAUGAAACUGCUAGCUGAAAAUAGUGAGUUGCAGAAGCUGCAUAAGCAAUUUGUAAUUGGUGGUGUUUUGACUGAAGCUGAAUUCUGGGCCACAAGAAAGAAAUUGCUUGCUGUUGAUGCCAGCAGGAUGUCUAAACAGCGAUUGGGGUUCAAAAGUGCGAUGCUUGCAGAUGUCAGGCCACUGACAGAUGGCCGGACAAACAAAGUCACUUUCAGCCUGACUCCAGAAAUUAUUCAGCAGAUUUUCACUGAAAAACCAGCUGUUCAUCAGGCAUUUCUGAAAUUUGUCCCAAGCAAGAUGACUGAAAAGGAUUUCUGGACGAAGUAUUGUAGAGCAGAGUUUCUUCAUAGAACAAAAAAUGCUGUUGCAGCUGCGGCUGAAGCUGCUGAAGAUGAGGAGCUCGCUGUCUUCCUGAAGCAGGAUGCCAUAUUGGCCGGUGAAGCUCGCCAGAAGAUCAGGCGUGUUGAUCCAACAUUAGAUAUGGAAGCUGAUGAAGGGGAUGAUUACAUACAUCUUCCGGAUCAUGGAAUUUUUCGCGAUGGGUCCAAGGAGUUUACUGAUUCCGAAUAUGAACAAUAUAAGAGGACUCUCGCACAAGAUCUUAACCGACAUGCAGCAGUGGUCUUGGAAGGACGGACUUUGGAUAUGGAACUAGGGGACACACGAACUGUAGCAGAAGCGCUUGCCAAGUCCAAAAAGGCCGACUUAGCUACUCAAAUGUCUGAUGAGAAGGCAAAUCAUAGUCGUUCGGAAAGGGCUUCUCGAAUGGCUGAAAUUGAAGAUCUUCAAACACCUAAUAACCUUCCAUUGGCACCUCUGAAUAUUAAGGAUCCACGGGAGUACUUUGAUUCUCAACAAGCUAAUGCACUCAAAGCCCUAGGAGAUACGGCAGUUGGAACAAAAACAAUCAAUUGUAAUGUGAGCACGGCACAAGCAUAUGGGUUUUUGAGGAAGUCAAUCUCUGAGAUGAAAGUAACAGGAUUGAGUGAUCCUGUAAUUGAGUCGGAAGUUGCUCGUAAGGUUCUUAUUGGUUUGUCUCAGCAGUUAUCGAGUACCAAAUAUAAUCUUGGGAAGAAUCCACAGGAAAGUAUCCUGGAUAGACUUCCGAAGAAAACUAAAGAAGAGCUACUGCACUUCUGGAUAUCCAUUCAAGAAUUAUUGAAGCAUUUCUGGUCAUCAUAUCCUAUUACAACAACAUACCUUAAUGCCAAGGUAAGCAGACUGAAGGAUGCCAUGGCAGAUAUUUAUCCCAAGCUGCAGGGAAUUAAGGAAUCCGCACAAUCAGAUUUUAGGCAUCAAGUUUCUCUCCUAGUUCAACCAAUGGUGCAGGCUCUGGAUGCUGCAUUUACUCAUUAUGAUGCAGAUUUGCAGAAGAGAUCAAUGAGGAGCUGAGUAAGAUAAAAUGGUUUUGUUUCUUGCACCUUCAUCUUGUUCCAGAUUGUUGAUAGCCUACCCUACUAUACACGGACAAACAUUUAAGCUUUGCAGAUAAUCCAAGUAAAAAGGAAGAUUUCACUCCAAGAAGAAAAAAAGUUGAGAUUAAUUUUUCAGUUUGUUACAGAGUAAACAACUUGUAAAGUUGAUGUGAUGAAUAUGAGAAGUGGAAUGCAACUGAAGAGGGGAAGAGGAUUGUAGAUAUCAUUGAAAGUUUUAAGAAACAGGAUGACAAGAAAAGAGACUACGAAAGCCCAUGGAAGAAGAAGUUGAGCUGAUAAGGUUAAAGAUGAUAAAAAUCAAGAGCGAGAACAAGUUGAAGAUGAAGCUGGAGGACAUAAGGAUGCCAAUCACUACUUGGAAAAUAUAGAAUGCCUGCUGAUCAAUCAUCUUGCAUAUUAGUGAUGCAUGUAUUUCACCUUUAAAGGCUUUGUGUAUUUCACUUUUGAACUCUCGUAGCUCAAGAUUAACAGGUAGUGUAGUAUGGUUCCUAAUGAAAGUUUUGAGUAAUAUUACCGAGUUAUUUCA